AUGUCUCAAGAGGGUGAUGCUCAAAUUUCUAAAGAUUUCAAAUUUUACUUUGAAGCCAUGGCACAGAGAUUUGAAAGAUUGAACUUCAGGUUUGAUGAAAUGCAAGAUAGAAUAGAAAGAGUUGAACAAAGGGAGCAACAACCCAGAACUUCAGAACAUCAAAAUAAAGGAAGAAGAAUGCGUAAUGAAGAAAGGGUUGAUAAUAACCUAGGAAGUAUCAAGAUGAAGAUUCCAUCCUUCCAAGGCAGAAAUGAUCCAGAAGCUUACUUGGAGUGGGAAAGAAAGAUGGAGUUGGUGUUUGAUUGUCAUAACUACUCGGAACUGAAAAAGGUAAAAUUGGCUGCCAUAGAAUUUUCUGAUUAUGCUAUUGUUUGGUGGGAUCAAUUUGUGUCAAAUAGGAGGAGACAUGGUGAAAGGCCCAUUGAAACAUGGGAGGAAAUGAAAGCCGUCAUGAGAAGGCGAUUUAAUCCAAGUCACUACCAUAGGGACUUAUUUCAGAAAUUACAAAGUCUCACACAAGGUUCUAAAAGUGUUGAAGACUAUUUCAAGGAGAUGGAGACAGCCAUGAUUCGAGCCAAUGUAGAUGAAGAUCGUGAAGCUACUAUGGCUAGAUUUUUGCUUGGCUUAAAUCGGGACAUUGCAAAUGUUGUAGAAUUACAACAUUAUGUGGAGUUAGAUGUCAUGGUGCACAUGGCCAUAAAGGUGGAGAGGAAACUCAAAGGGAAGGGUACCAUGCGAAUGGGGCAGAAUUCAACUUCUGAUUCAAGACCAACAUGGAAUAAAAAUGAAGAGAAGCCUCAUUUUAAAUCUCCAGUUGGUUCCUCUAAAACCAACCAAGUUGUAAACACUUCCAGCCAAGGUAAAACUGAAUCUCAAUCCUCUAGAAACAUAGACAUAAAAUGUUUUAAGUGUUUGGGAAUGGGUCAUAUUGCUUCUCAAUGUCCAAAAGUCAUGAUUUUGAAAGAUAAUGGUGAUGUUGAAAGUGAAGGUGAAUCUGAUAAUGAAUACAUUCCUUCUUUAGAAGAUGCAAGUGAUAUUGAAUUACCAGUUGAAGGAGAGCUUUUAGUGGCUAGAAGAGCUCUUAGUGUGCAAGUUAAAGAAGAUAAGGAGUUGCAACGAGAAAAUAUUUCUCAUACCAGAAGCCAUGUAAAGGACAAGGUGUGUUCCAUGAUUAUUGAUGGAGGAAGUUGUACAAAUGUUGCUAGUACUAGUUUGGUGGAGAAGUUAAAUUUAGCAACUCUGAAGCAUCCUAGACCAUAUAAACUACAAUGGUUGAACGAUUGUGGAGAAAUCAUGGUGAACAAGCAAGUGGUAGUUCCAUUUUUAAUUGGAAAGUAUAAGGAUGAGGUGUUAUGCGAUGUUGUGCCAAUAAAAGCUGGGCAUAUUCUCUUAGGGCGUCCAUGGCAGUUUGAUCGACGUGUGAUGCACGAUGGGUACACUAAUAGAUACUCACUGGUUAUGAAUAACAAAACCAUUACUCUUGCUCCUUUAAGUCCAAUACAAGUGUAUGAGGAUCAAGGUUUUGAGGAUGUGUUCCAUGAAGAAAUACCCGAUGGUUUACCAACAAUAAGGGGUAUAGAGCACCAAAUUGAUUUCAUACCAGGGGAAACAAUUUCAAAUAGGCCAGUGUAA